CGCGUCUUGCUUAGACCAUUUUCUUCUCCACCUCACUUCUGCUUCCCUGUGUUCUUGCAAGUCCCUGGUGUUCCGAUGGCGGAGGUGGUGGCCACCAUGGUGGUCGGACCACUGCUCAAAAUCGUGAUGGGGAAGGCGUCCAGCUACCUCCUUGACAAGUACAAGGUGUUGAAGGGCAUGGAGAAGCAACAUGAGAUCCUGAUGCGCAAACUGCCUGCCAUCCAGGACAUCAUCACCGAUGCCGAGCAGGAAGCAGGACACAGAGAAGGGGCAGCUGCCUGGCUCCAGGCCAUCAAGAAGGUGGCUUACCAGGCAAAUGAAGUCUUCGACGAGUUCAAGUACGAGGCGCUUCGUCGUAAGGCCAAAAAGGAGGGGCACUACAACGACCUUGGCUUCAGUGUGGUAAAACUCUUUCCCACACACAACCGUUUCAUAUUCCGUAACAGGAUGGGAAGAAAGCUCCACAAGAUUGUGCAGGCUGUUGAGGUCCUUGUGGCUGAAAUGAAUGACUUUGGCUUUAAACAUCAGCAACAACCGUUGGUAUCCAAGCAGUGGCGGCAGACAGGUCAUGAUAUCUUCGAUCCAAAGGAAAUGAUCCGCAAAUCAAGAGAAAAGGAUAGUAAGGAAAUUGUUGAUACACUAGUUGGGCAAGCUAACAAUGUAGAUCUCACAGUUGUUCCCAUUGUUGGAAUAGGGGGUUUGGGUAAGACCACAUUAGCACAACUCGUUUACAAUGAAUCUGCUAUUCAGAAGCAUUUCAAUUUGCUGCUAUGGGUGUGUGUCUCUGACAUCUUUGAUGUGGAUUCAUUGGCUAAAAGUAUAGUCGAAGCAGCUCCCCCGAAGAAGGAUGAUGGUGAAGAAGCAGCUGGUACAAAAGCAGCAACUGCCUCCAAGAAGACACCACUAGAUAUCCUUCAGAAUUUAGUGAGUGGACAAAGGUACCUUCUUGUAUUGGAUGAUGUCUGGACACGAGAGGUUGAUAAAUGGGAAGAGCUCAAGGACCGCCUUAAACAUGGUGGUAGUGGUAGUGUGGUCUUGACAACAACCCGUGAUAAAGGAGUGGCUGACAUAUUCGGCACUGUUAAAGCUUAUAAUCUCGUACCUUUGGAUGAUAAAUUCAUAAAGGAAAUUAUCGAGACAAAAGCAUUCGGUUAUUUUCAGAGGAAAGAAGAUAUACCCAAUGCGUUGAUGAAUAUGGUUGAUGAGAUUGUGAAGAGAUGUGUUGGCUCUCCUUUAGCUGCAACGGCACUGAGCUCAGUACUGCGCAACAAGACCAGUAAAGAAGAAUGGGAGGUAUUAAGUAAAACCAGUAUUUGCACUGAUGAGACUGGAAUCUUACCAAUACUCAAGCUCAGUUACAACGACUUGACACCACGUAUGAAGCAAUGCUUUGCGUUUUGUGCUAUAUUUCCUAAAGAUUACAAGAUUGAUGUGGAAAAACUGAUCCAACUAUGGAUUGCACAUGGCUUUAUCAUCGAAGACAAACAAGUUCGUCUUGAAACCAUUGGGAAACAAAUUUUCAAUGAGCUGGCCUCAAGGUCGUUCUUUCAAGAUGUCAAACAAGUCCAAGCCACAAGCUAUGAAAUUAAAGAGGACGGUGCAUGUUAUUCUAGGAUUACAUGUAAUAUACAUGAUCUUAUGCAUGACAUUGCACUUUCUGUGAUGGGAAAGGAAUGUGCCUUGUCAACGGAGGAACCAUGCAAGAUUGAAUGUGUUGUUGCAGCUGAGGAACCAAGUAACAAUGAGUGGCUUCCAAACACCGCUCGACAUUUAUUUUUAUCAUGCAAGCAACCAGAGAAAAAAUUGAAUAGUGCUCUGGAGAGAAGCUCUCCAGCCAUCCAAACACUUCUGUGUGAUAGUUCUAUGGAAAAUUCAGCAUUGCAACAUCUGUCAAAAUACAACUCUUUGCAAGCAUUACAACUUUGUUUACACAGAAUAUCAUUUCCGUUGAAACCAAAGCAUUUACAUCAUCUGAGAUACCUAGAUCUCUCAAGAAGUUGUAUCAAGGCACUUCCCGAUGAUAUAAGCAUUAUGUACAACCUGCAAACUCUGAACCUCUCUGGUUGCAUAUAUCUUGGUGGACUUCCAAGACAACUGAAGUAUAUGACUACGCUCCGUCACCUUUACACUCAUGGUUGCUCACAGCUGAAGAGCAUGCCUAGAGAGCUCGGAAAGCUCACAUGCCUACAGACACUUACAUGCUUUGUAGCAGGCAGUGAGCCUGAUUGUAGUAAUGUUGGAGAGCUUGGGAAAUUAAACCUUGGUGGUCAACUAGAGCUACAGAAUCUAGAGAACGUCACAGCAAAAGAUGCAGCAGUGGCAAACCUCGUGAACAAGGAACUAAGAGAUCUGACAUUAAGAUGGUCUGCUGGAGAGACUGAAGAUGAUUCAAGAGUGCUCGAGAAUCUCAAACCUCAUGAUGGGUUGCAUGCUAUAAGGAUACACUUCUAUGGAUCCACCACGUUCCCAACAUGGGUGGCUAUGUUACAAAACAUUGUUGAGAUCCAUCUUUUUUAUUGUAGAAAACUACAAUGGUUGUUCAGCCAUGACUGUGAUACAACCUUCGCAUUUCCAAAACUAAAGCAUCUUACAUUGAAAGGUCUUGUCUGUUUGGAGAGAUGGUGGGAAAUAGGUAAUGGUGGGAUGCAAGAAGAGAUCAUGUUUCCUCUGCUUGAGAAGUUGCUUAUUGUGGACUGUAAAAAGUUGACAGCACUGCCAGGACAACCGACCUUCCCUAACCUCCAGGAGGCCAUUAUUCUGGAUUGUCCAAGGUUGACAACUGUAGCUAAAUCACCAAAGCUCAGUUUAUUACACAUCAUAGGACGUGAGGACCAGUUGUUGCUAUGGGUAGCUAGACAUAUGACUUCAUUGGCCGAGCUGACACUGUUUUGCCGUAAGGACAAUACAGAAACAACCCUGGCGGCGGCUGAGGAUGGUUUUAAGGAAGUGGUGGACGGUAAGGAAGAAUGGAAUGGUCAUGAUCUCCCUCUUGCAGUUUUGAAAUUAUGUCACUUUAAAUCAGUUCUACCAGGGAUGUUUGCAUGUUUCGUACACCUUCAAGAUUUAUCAAUUAUGUCAUGUGAUGCGCUCGUUCACUGGCCAGAAAGAGAGUUCCAAGCAUUGGUAUCCUUGAAGUGGCUUGAGAUCAAGUAUUGCAGUAAGCUGACUGGAUAUGCACCUGCCGAGCCAUCAACAUCAGCAGAAACGAGUCAGCUCCUGCCAUGUCUAGAGUAUAUGUAUAUAUCUGAUUGCAACAGCUUGGUUGAGGUCUUCAACAUCUCUGCAUCUCUCAGGUAUAUUGAAAUUUGUUGUUGCAGUAAGCUUGAGUCCCCAUUCGGCAGGAGGCUGCAGCAGGGUCAGUUAGCACCAUGGAUUCAUCAAGGGUCAUCUAGUGUACUGGAGGUGUCAUCAUCAUCAUCACCCAGAGCGGGGCCGAAGCAUUUACAAGUAAAUUUACGCAGGUGUGCUGGCUUAACAGGGCUCCUCCAUCUUCCCCCGUCCCUCAAGCGAAUAGCAAUUUCUCAUUGUGAUGGGUUGACGUCUCUGGAAGCUCCCUCAGGAGUGCUCUCAUGGCUGGAGAGCCUUCAGCUUUAUGAAUGCAAUACCCUAUCAUCCCUACCGGAUGCUCAAGCAUACUCAUCUCUCCGAUGUCUUGACAUUGACGACUGCCCUGGUCUGAAAACGCUCCCUGCAAGCCUGCAGCAACGACUGGGCAGCCUCGAGUGGGAAAGAAUAGAUGCCCAUCAUUAUGGAAAUAAGCCUGUGCUGCUGAAACCCAAGACAUGGAAAUAUGCCAUCCGUAAAGACUAGAGAGCAAUAAACAGAAACACGGGAAACAUGCCAUCCACAAUAUGGAAGUUGUCACGCAGGAUCCUCCCAGUCCACUUGGAGUAGAGCUAUUCUGUUGAAUGACGCACACAGGAACUGCUAGACAAGCAAUCAGAAGGCGUUCCCAACACUAUUGUCUUGUCAUUUUAUCCCCAGAAAGAGAUCUUAUUUGAACAAUAAGUACUUGUAUUUUCCACCUCUGCUUACCUACAGUCGUAUCGUAGUUUCUUUUUCUUUUCUUUUUUUCCAAGUAGCACCGCGAUGUGCUGCCGUCGGCACUGUCAGUUCCAAAAAUCAUGUCACAGUAAACCUCAUUUUAUCCAUGGACUUGU